AACAGAGAGAGAUGAAGAGCGUAAACCCAGUGAAGAUGUUGGCGGCUUUUGCUCUGGCACUGCUGGUGUCCAGUGUGACUGAGGGACGGAUCGUGAAUAAAUGUGAGCUGAAGGCCCAGCUGGAUGCCGCUCAGUUUCAGCAGAUCACCGUCAUGGAAGAGACAAUAACCGUGAACAGUCUCAUCACCAGACUUGUCUGCAAGGCCAGCAGCUCAGCCUUCAACACCAGCUUUGUCAAAAACACCACGGUCCACAAUAAGGAGAUGAAGCCAUCACAAGCCCCACCUCAAGCUGCAUCCCAAGUUCCACCUAAGGCUUCAUCAUCUGGAGCUCCACCUCAAGCUCCAGCUGGAGCUCCAUCACGUAGAGGUCCACCUCAGGCUCCAUCAUCUCGGCUUCCACCUCAGGCUCCAGCUGGAGCUCCACCUAAGCCCCAUGCACAUGCUCCCACUAAAGGACCCCAGGGCUCCGGCCACGAGACGCAGCCAAACACAGCCACCAAAGUUGUCAGGCACCUGUACGGUGUGUUUCAGCUCAGUGAUCAGUGGGCCUGUGAUUCCGGCAUGAACCCAUCUCUCAAUGUCUGCAACAUGACCUGUUCUGCUUUGACAGACGAUGACAUCACUGAUGACAUCUCCUGCCUGAAGACCCUGAUGAACAUCACGAAAGCUAAACCCAAAGAGAUCCCCACUGCUGUAAAGAAGAUUGUGGAGAUGAUGAUGGUGAAGGAGUGUCACUCUGUCGUUUCCCCGAACUACUUUGCUGACUGUGUUUAAUACACACAGAGCUGCAUUACUUACACUCACACACCACUCUGAUGCUUUCCAUGGCAACUGUCUUUGAUUGAAUGGUAAUGAGGUCAUUAUGAUGGUGGCGGGAGUUUAAACAAGACUCUGAAUAGAGGGAGUUUGUGCAUUAAGACACUUUAGUUUAUUACUGUAAUAUUGUGAAUGUUUAAACUUCUGUCUAAGCAUAUAUCACUGUGUAUAAACAUAUAUGAUUGUGCUGCUUCUGAGGGCUUUUAAAUACUGUCACUUUAUCAUAAAAACUACAUAAAAAAA